CCACUCUAGUUCUCGAGCGCUGGUCGUGCCCCACGUUCUCGCCCAACCCUGUUCCAAGACUUUGCUCUCUGUUGCCCCGGCGUGAGGGUCGUGGAGAUGUCCGCCAACAAGGCGCCCAUCUACCUGAAGCGUCGCAGCCGUAAGGGCAAGAAGGAGAAGCUGCGCGACCUGCUCUCCUCUGACAUGAUCAGCCCUCCGCUCGGCGACUUCCGCCACACCAUCCACAUCGGCAGCGGCAGCGGCGCCGACGACCUCUUUGGAGACCUCUCCUUCCUGCAGGGCAAGUUCCACCUGUUGCCCGGGCAACAGGGCCGGCAGUACGCCAGCGCGGGCGCGGGCGAGGGCGGCUCCGAGGACUUCCCCUUCCAGUUCAGCCGGACGUCCAGCGUGAGCGUGCCGUCGUCGGAGAGCUCGCCGCUGCUGAAGAACGCCCUGUCGCUGCCCGUCAUCGGGACCGUCCAGGCGCUCACCCUGCCCGUCACGGCCCCGCCCCCACAGGCCGCCGCCACCGCCGCUGCUGCUGCCGCCCCCUCGCCCCCGCCCAGCAUCGCAUCACGCUCCUCCUCCCCCCUCCCCCAGCAGGCCCCGCCNCCCAAACCCCCCCGGCUGCAUCUGGAGGACCGGGCCCAGACGUCGUCUCCUCCCCUGAUCACAGCACCAAUGCCACCAAUGCCACCUCCUCCUGCUCCUCCUGCUGCUGCUGUUCCCCACCUCCCCCCGCACCCUCAGCUGGCGUCUCCGGAGCGCACCACCAGCGCCUCCUACUCCUCCCGCUUCAGCCCCUCGCGCUCCAGCGAUGACGAGGGUCUCCUCACGGAGGAGGAGGCCAGCGCAGGAGGAGGAGGAGCGCAGGACAAGGAGAAGGAGAAGGAGAGGCCGUACCUGUCGCACGCGGGCUCCAUGCUGUCGCUGCACCUGGACCUGGGCCCCUCCAUACUGGACGACGUACUGCAGAUCAUGGACGGGCCUCUCUCCCUCGGGGGAGGGGGGGGCCUCAACGGGGGGUGCAUGUCUGGGGGCAGGACGGAGAUAUACACCUGAACUACAUACUGUACAUACCGCACUGGCUCCU